AUGGGACAAUCAGUAUCAUCUCAGGAACCGGAACCUACCCAGGAAAGUGAUCCACAACUCGGAAAUGGUACAACCGAGGAAAUAGAGCAAGAAUACAAUGAUAGGGUUCUGCGACAAUUUAAUGCCUCUGAAUUGUACACAUUUAAAUGCAGAGUUGGAAUGACUAGACAGCUGAACGAUGUAGUACUUGAACAGGAGUUGCUCGAAUGGCUCUGUCUACCCUUGGAGGGUCAUCUUCAGCAGCCGUCAAAGUUACUAGUAGGCGUAAUAAAAGUAUUAGGUCAGUUCCCAUUCAUCAGCAAUACGGGGGGCAAUUUGACUGCUGUGUCACUUCUAAAAGCUGUGAUUCUCAUUAAUAGAGGGAAGUGCUUGAAGUAUAUCGGUAAUAAAUCCUAUAACCAUUUGGAAUUGAUAUUCAUGGCAUUGUAUCUUGCACAGGAUUCUCAUGACUCGACAAAAAAAGAGAGUUACGAUCCAAAGGAACCACACAAUAUAGAGAAGGUUAUUUCCAGCUACGAUGGGAACAGUGACUGUGUCUCAGAAAUUACAGUACAAGCUGAUAAUUUGUUACAGUUUACAACUAUGCUGUUGCUUCUGUCGGCCAGAAUUCCAAGACCCAACUCCCAAAUCGAUCUGAAAACAGCAGAUAAUGAUUGGGCCAAGUAUGAGAAAUCUGCAUACAACGUGAUUCGGACGAUGAACAGUUCAAUAAUCUCCAGUUGUCAGACGCACACCAUCAGUUUCCACCAAUUCUAUGACGUCAUAUCCAUCCUACUCCCCACUAUACUAACCACCCUCGACAACCUCCUGCAGCAUCUUUUAUACACACCGGACCAGCUUGUCGACCAUACAGCGUUGGGCCCCACUUUCACCGAGACGAAAGUGAUGAACCACGGAUCAUUUGCUCUCUUGCAAUUUGCCCUGGCAGACAAGGGGUACCCUAUCAGCAAGCUUCAAAAGUUGUACGUGGGGAGGGACAGUGGGUUUUCCAUGAGGUCUUUCCAAGGAAAAGUGUUCCACUGGCAUGCACCUACACUACUUUUUGUCAGUGGUUCCCGAAUCCAAGACGAUGACGACUACAGUAAAAACAAAAACCCGCGCUACUCCAAGUUCUUAGAGGACUUCAGAAAGCUGAGAGACACCGAUCAGCAGCUGAGUCCCUGUCUUUUGAAGAAAAGGAAGGUAAUGUUCGUGAUCUACAUAGAGUCUCCCUGGAGGGUCACUAAUAAGGAUUAUUUUAGCGCGGGUAGGACAACCAUCUUCCAGUUGUCACCGGAGCUGGAUAUAUUCAAGGCCAACAGAGAUGAUGUUGUGUACUUCAAUACAAUGGGUGGCGGGAUUGGAAUUGGGGAUACGCAACCAUAUACGAAGGUGAACUAUCGAGAGUACCGUCCUGGUAACAUCUCUCUAACGCUGGACAGUUCAUUAGAGUUUGGUGCAUUUCGAAAUGUGGGCCCAGGUGGGAUGUUUGAACCCGGGGCUCUAUUCACGCGAAGAAACGGCGACGGUGUGGUUACCAGCAAUAGUUACGAACUGCGAUUUCUGAUUCAGGACGUGGAAGUAUGGGGUUGUGGUGGUGAGAAAGAAUUGAGCGAACAGAUGAAGCAGCUCCAGUGGGAGGAAACAGAGGCAAAGCGCCGGCAGCACGUCAAUUUGAAAAGUUUGAGCGAAGACAGAGCUUUGCUAGAGAUGGCGGGGCUCGUUGGCCAGCAUCAGAGUGGCGGGUCGAUAUAA